AAAGAACAAGAGGACAACGACGGACCAAGAAGAAGGAAAGGAAACAAGACGACAACAGAGAACGAGGAAGACAUGCCGCCGACGCCGCAGCAAGAGCGGAAGGAGCAGCUGCGGCGCGUGCUUGCUGCUGUCAGCGACCUGGAGAAGCUGGAGGCAGAGUGCCAGUUCAACGCGCAUGCACUGCACACAAUCAAGCCGCAGCACUUGGGUCUUGUGAAGGGGUUCUUCUCCCAGCUGUUGCACCUUCGCCCGCGAGAUCUCAGGAGCAACCCGCAGCUGAGCAAAGUGCGCGCCUUCGUCCUCAAUGCCGCCACCAGCCCCUUCGACAGAGCCUUGCGGCGCGCAGCCCAGCCGUGUUUGGAGGCCCUCAUGAACACCUCUGCCUUCAACAGCGUUCUUCUCGAACACGUGUUUACGCUCGCGCAUCAGGGCCAUCCUUACAAGCACCUCCUGUCGAUCCUCCCUCGCAACUCCAUCACAACCAAGGCCAUUUGGAACAUGCACGCAUCGAGCUUCUUCAGCAACCGGGACCAGCCAACCCGCAACGCUUGCGUGCUUCUGGCCUGGGCCAGCCUGCCGGGUGUGAGCUUUCCGCCAAAGGAGCUGGAAAUUACGUACAUCCGCAACUACCUCAAGAGCGUCUGUGAAGGCGUCGAACUGGUUGCGGAGCGAAAGAAAGGCACGAGCCUGGAUCUGGUGCUGUGCGUGACGGCGCUGCUGCACCGGCUGUCGCCAAAGGACUGCUCGACGCUCGCCCGCCUCCUUCGCGCCGUCAUUGUCGGCAACAACCUCCUGCCGUCCCCAGCAUCGCGCCACCGCCGCAAGCAGCGCCGCCAUUGUCGCCACGAACAUGGUCCCGCCGCCACGCGCCCGCAGCGCAACACCUCGACAUCAUCGGCCUCGACCGUCAUCGCAUCGGCGGUGUCGCCAUCGCCAUCGCCAUCGUCGUCGUCGUCGUCCGGUGCAGCGGUGCAGCGGCGGCGGCAGCGCUGCGACCGCAGCCGUCCACGCCAGCACGACGCCAGCAAGCAAUCCCAGCGCCACCAGCAGCAGCGCCACCGGCGUGUGCGCCGGCGUCACCAUUGCCACCAGGAUCAGCAGCGCGGGGAUCACGGCCAUCGCCGCCGUCGCCGCCGCAGCCGAAACGACACGCUGAGACCGCAGGACGUUGCGGCGCUUGGGCGGCCCCGCAACGACGCCAGCAUCAGCACCAUCACGGGCGGCAGCAACGUGUCGUCGUCAUCGACCAUCACAGCAACGCACACCGACAGCAGCACUGUGGUUGUGUCUUCCCGUGCACCAGCAGCGGACGGCAGCCCCGACGGCACCACCAACGCAACUGCUACUGGCCAGUCACCCCCGAACGGCACAACCACCACCAGCUCCAACAACGGCAACACCAGGAUCGCCGCCGCCCCGAGCAGCAGCGCCGCUGGUGCAGUUGUUGGUGACGGGUGGAUUGCGGAGGGCGCGUGUGCUCGAGGCGGAUAUGGACCGCACCAGCCCGAGUACGGCGGCGUGGGCACACCUGUCGGCAGCAGCGUGGCGCAGGACGUGGCGGUGGAGCUGGCGGCGACGAUGCACGCGCGCUUUGGGCCGCACGCGUACACGGCCGUGGAGGCGCUCGGCUGUGAUCGCACGCUGCUGUUCUUCACACACGUGCAGCGGAACGUGUGGACCCGCUUCGACCCGGCAAGGCAGCUCCCGCCAUACCUCGACACUGUGUGGCUGCCGCGCAACCCGGCCUUUGAGGACUGCACCCGCCACCGCACAGACGUCACGCGCAUGCAGCAGUUUGGCUGCGAACUUGCCUCCCCACAGAGCGGCGGUGAGGGAGAAGAUAACGACGAUGGCGACGACGACGAUGCCCUCAUCAAGCAAUUUGAGCUGUGUGCGAUGAAGCUGCGCAUCCUGUCCAAGCGCUACGCAAACUCCAAGCUCCUCCUCGAGCGAGCAGAAGAUGCGCGCCCACAGCAGUCUGUGCGCGUGUCGCUGCCGACGCGGCAUGAGCCAUCGUGGCGGCCCAUGGAGCAGCACCUGGACCGCGUCAUCGCAGCCUACAAGGCGUCUCAGCUGUUUGCCGAGAAGAUGCGCACCACACUGUUUGACAAGGAGCGCGACUACGACCACAUUUACGGCCCCAUGCGUGCAGGAUUCAUCCAGUCGACGUUUCCAAACGCCACUUAUGUCCAGCGGCCGUACAACCAUCUUGAGCGCCACACGAACGACAGUAUUCGCCAGACCCGCGACUACUUUGCGACUGCGGUGUGCGCCCGCGAGCGGUUUGAGAACGCCCAUCGCGCCUACCAGAAGAAGUACACGGGCCACGAGGCCCAGACAAAGCACGACACGGUGUUCCGUGCGCUGCAGAUGCGCCUGCGCGGCAUGCGUGCACGCCUUAUCCCCAAGCCAAAAGCCCAGCCCUUUGGCGGCGGUGGCGGUGUUGGCGGUGGCGGUGGUGGUCUGAAUCUCGGCGCGCUGUUUGCCAAGCUGAAGGUUG